AUGGCCAACUCUACCAACCAUUCCGAGCCAACAUCUGAUGGCGAGGUGGAUUCCACCGAACGCACACCGCUAGGUCCCUCUGGGGCCAUACCUACCACUGCCGACGCAAGGGCCAAGCGUCGCAUUGCUGCCUUAGAAGAUGAGCUUGAGCUGAUGCGGCAAGAGAGGAAUGAAGCAGAGACAACCUACUAUGUCACUCAAGGCAGGGCCAUUCGUCGCUUAGUAGUGCUUUACACAAGCUUGGAAGACUUGAUUGCUGAGAACGAUCACUGGUACGAGAAUCGAUCAGAGGCAAGCACGACAGCGCAAGAUCGCUUGCAACAUGGCUACAUUGCAUUCUCGCGGGCGCUGCCAUGGCUGCACACUAAGCUUGGGGACCUCGACCACGAAGAUUGUGAAAAUAUGUUGAAAAAGCUCAAGAAAGGAGCUGAUGCUGCUCGCGGCGAUGACACCUCCUGCCUCAAAGACCUCAUCGCCACCUGGAUCAAUCAAGAUUUUCGUCCGUUUCCUCUGAUCAAGCCUGACGACAAGCAUUCGCACGGCUUUGUGAGCGACGUCUGUGGUAAGUUACUCUGCCCUGCUGAGUGGGACUGGGAUCAAACCCGCGUCAAGGCUGGCAUUUGCGACAGAACAUCAGAAUACAUCGUGUCAGAAAAUUCUUGGCCACUCUUCUUGUAUGAAAACUACACAAGCAACCCUGCCAACCUUGAGGAAGGGCUCCUGAAGUCCAAGAUUCUUGUUCUGGCUUUCAAAGCCAUCUUCACGUCACCUUCCUCUGUGAGGGAAGCUGAUGGCGAUGGCAAUGGAGCCCCGAUAUCCUUGAGAGCAAUCGGUGUUCCAGGCAGAAAUCAGAUCAGGCCAAAGUUAAAACCUGCGUCACCUCGAUCAUCAACAUGCAAAAAGUCAUGUCUCGUGCGAUUGCUUACAUCGCGUGUCAACGGGCAGGUUUGUUUCACUCUAUCAUAUGUCUCGUCUUGGCGCACCAUGGAUGGCGACUUUGACUAUGAAGCAUUCUGGAACAAUAUCGUGGACUUUUUCGAGGAUGUCCCUGGCCCUGUCGCGACACGUAGGAUGGAGAAGCUUCUCGAAUGGUGGACUAGGAAGAUCUUUGGAACCAACCAUCAUGAGGACCUGACGCUGGAGGUGGUGUCCCAGAUGUCCGUCAAUACACUAGCAGAGCAGAGCAAGGCGCUAGAGGAUGCUGCGUUUGACUCGGACUAA